CAUUUUCCUUGGUCCAAUUCUUUCAUCGUUCAAAAUCGUUACAUAUAAUGUCGUCCCUUCGCCCUGCGAGCCGUGGCUUUCGCCUUUUGGCUUCCAAACCGGUUUCUCGGAGCUCAACCCUGCUGUCGCAACCCCUCAUUGCUUCUCCGCGCGUUCUCCGCUCCGCCCAUACCGCUACCACUCGCCCUCGUCUCGCGAUUGCUCCAUUGUCCGCAAAUGGAGGUUUGCGUUAUGCCUCCUCUAUGAGCCCUGCUGGCUCCUUGAAGCAAACUCAAUUGCACGAUGUCCAUGUUGCAAGGGGCGCCAAAAUGGUUCCUUUUGCGGGGUUCUCCAUGCCCCUUCAAUACUCUGACCUUAGCCAUGUUGAGAGUCACCAUUGGACGCGCGAAAAGGCUAGCCUGUUUGACGUCAGCCACAUGGUUCAACACCACCUCAGCGGCCCCGGUGCCCUCGAUCUUCUCAUGAAAAUCACACCCUCGUCUCUUGACAAGCUUAACCCGAACCAAUCGACCCUCUCCUGCCUUCUUGAAGAUGGCACUGGUGGUAUUCUCGAUGACACUGUGAUCACCCGUCUGUCUUCCGACACCUUCUACUUUGUCACCAACGCUGGCCGUCGUGCCGAAGACCUUGCCUUCCUCCAAGCUGAAAUUGACAUUUACCGAUCCACCCAUGGCCCCGAGUCCAUUACUUGGGAUGUCCUUGAUGACCGUGCUCUAGUUGCACUACAAGGGCCCCUGGCUGCUGCGGUCCUUCAACCUCUGGUCAAGGACUCCGAUCUCAGCACCCUCUACUUCGGCAACUGCCGGUCGCUCACCUUGACCUUCCCCGAUGGAACCACUAGUGCGGAGCCCCUCCUCGUUUCCCGAACCGGCUACACAGGUGAAGACGGCUUUGAGAUUUCGAUUCCCACUGCUAAAGAUUCCUCCCUUCCCCGCCGAGUGACGGAACUCCUCCUGUCGAAUCCCGAGCAGGUGCGUCUGGCCGGUUUGGCAGCCCGUGACUCCCUCCGCCUUGAGGCAGGCAUGUGUCUCUAUGGCAGCGACAUCUCUACCUCGCAGACGCCCUCCGCCGCGUCUCUUUCCUGGCUGGUGGGCAAGGACCGUCGCGAUCCCGCCACCGCCAACUUCAACGGCGCCGCUACGAUCCUUCCUCAAGUCGCCUCCCCUGCCAAGACCCUUUCGCAGCGUCGGGUGGGAUUCACAAUCGAGAAGGGAUCCCCUGCACGCGAAGGCGCUGUCAUCGUUGACAUGAAUGACGAGUCCCGUGCGCAGAUCGGAGUGAUCACCUCAGGACUGCCGAGCCCAUCGCUCGGCGGUGUGAACAUCGCAAUGGGAUACAUUAAGAAUGGCUUGCACAAGAAGGGAACCGAAGUGGGCGUGAUAGUCCGUAAUAAGGUCCGAAAGGCCACGGUCACCGGGAUGCCGUGGGUUGAAAGCAAGUUCUACCGGCCAAAGGCCUAAGUUUGAAAAACUCUGAUGAAGGAUUCGCUGCAUGGAUAGACAUCAAAAUUCCCCUGCGUCCGAUUAUGUUCGUCUGGGUAUUGUUUUGCUAGAUUCCCCAGUCUCUGUUCUGUGAUGAUGGUAUGACGUCAAGUUUUGUGUGUACAUACAAUGUUUCUGUUUUAGCCUUGGUUCAUGUUUAGAUUCAACCGGUCGGUAUCUGGGGUUCACCAUUUGGUGAUUUCAACUCUUGCCUCAGCUAGUGAGAU